UUCACAUUACAUUUACGCACAACAGCGGAUCUCCCAGGAAGGACAAAUUAACUGGACACGGUGGAUGGAGACAUAUUUGUGAUAUAAAAACCAGCCCGGAUUUAUCUGUUCACUUAUUGGGGAAAACUAUGAGUCUUUUAAACGAGGGAUAUUAUUUUUUUACUUUUGGGUGCAUCUAAACCGGCCAUUCAUUAAUUUAUAAAGGAGCUGCACGCACCCUUCUGGUUUUAUAUAAACCCGCCCUCUCCCCGGCUUUUUCUCUGAGUCCCGAGGUGAGGAUGGAUACCCGGCUAUCUUUCUGCAGGUACCCGCUGCUGGUGCUGCUCUGUGCGGUCUGUGCACUGUCGGGGACCCGGAGCCCCGUGGCUGCUGCGGGGAGGAGCUGCGCCGACACCCGGCAGGUGUACGCAGAGAAGGGGUACAGCACUGGCACCGCUCCGCUGACUCAAAUCUCCGGUGAGCACCUGCGGCUCUGUCCUCAGGACUACACCUGCUGCUCCAGUCAGAUGGAGGAGACGCUGGCCCUCCAGAGCGAGAGAGACUUCCUCAAAGCCGUCGAGGAGAACAGCCAGUUCCUUUUGACUACCUUCACGCAGAGACACCGCAGGUUUGAUGAGUUCUUCAGAGAGCUUAUAGACUUGUCAGAGAAGUCUAUGAACCAGAUGUUUACCAAGACCUACGGCCGUCUCUUCACCCAGAAUGCACACGUCUUCCAGGAGCUGUUUGUGGAGCUGCGCAGAUAUUAUUCUGGGGGCAGUGUCAGUCUGUCAGAGGUUCUCUCAGACUUCUGGUCCAGACUGGUGGAGCGAGUCUUCUCUCUGGUUAACCCCCAGUAUCAGUUUAGUGAGGACUACCUGGAGUGUGUCAGCAAACACGCCGAACAACUGCAGCCCUUUGGGGAAGUGCCCCGCAGACUGCGUGUACAAGUGUCAAGGGCUUUCAUUGCAGCCAGAGCUCUAUCUCAGGGCUUGGCUACUGGUCGGGAUAUUGUCAACAAAGCAACAAAGUUGACUGCUGAUUCAGAGUGUGUGCGUGGCCUGAUGCGUCAGUGGUACUGCCCACUGUGUCGAGGCGUGCCCUCCCUGCGGCCCUGCCACUCCCUGUGCCUUAACGUGAUGAAAGGCUGCUUAGCCAAUCAGGGCGACCUGGACACAGAAUGGAACAAUUUCAUUGAUGCUCUGUACCAGGUUUCAGAGAAGUUGGAGGGGCCGUUCAACAUGGAGCUUGCAGCCGACUCCAUCUCUGUGAAAGUGUCAGAGGCCAUCAUGCACAUGCAGGAAAACAGCGUCAGCAUCUCCACUAAGGUGUUCCAGGGUUGUGGAAGCCCCAGGCCAGCACCAGGACGGUCCAAACGUUCACCCAAAGAGUCAGGGGGCAACAGGAGGCCUUUCCGCACCUACAGCCCUGAGGAGAAACCCACCACUGCUGCAGGCACCAACCUGGACCGACUGGUUACCGAGCUAAAGGAGCGACUGCGGCCCAUGCGAGGCUUCUGGGUGUCCCUCCCACACACCAUCUGCAACGAUGAGAAGAUGGCCUCCGACGUCACUAAUGAGGACCGAUGCUGGAACGGGCAGACCCGUGGGAGGUACCUCCCGGAUGUUAUGGGCGACGGGCUGGUCAGCCAGAUCAACAACCCCGAGGUAGAUGUCGACAUUUCCAGGCCAGAUGUGAGGACCAGACAGCUGAUCAUGGAGCUGAGGGUGGUGACCAACAAACUGAGACACGCUCAGAGUGGACAGGACAUGGACUUCAUGGACAGUGAGGAGGGCAGUGGCUCAGGAGGUGGAGAUCAGGGUGAAAGGUACAAUGAUGAUUGGCCCGGCUAUGGGCCUUAUUCCCCGCCCAACAACAAACCCCCUCGCAACCCCGCUUCCGACCCUGCAAAGCCGCCUCGAGUCCGAGAAAGAAACGGGUCCAAGUGGAACAGAAACAACGGUCAGGGACGGGACAGAUCUGCAACCAGCCAGCUCUCUUUCUCCCUGUUUCCUUUGUUGUCAUUGCCUUUCAUAGUCACUGUUGCCCCCAUGUGGAGAUAGCUGGUUAUUACAGCCUGGAGGUGGAUGAGGUUCUCUGAGUCUCAAGCACAUUAUAAAGAGAAAUAAAAAGUCAUUCCAUUUGGUUACACCAACAGACAAAAGACAAAACCAGGCCAAAUUAGCAAUAAUUAAAAAUCAGUUUACAGCACAAAAUAAAAAGGCUAACGUGAAUAUUUUUCCUACUGCCCAAGCCACAAAAGAGGUAUUACCAGGCUACAAUAAUACUUGAUACCGCCAAUUUUUCAGUGGCAUUUGUUUGACCUAUUGGAGUAUUGAUGCUGAAUGGUGUGCAGUGCUGGGGCAUCGUCUUUGGGGGUGAAGGAGAAACAAAAAGUACAACAGCAAAUGAAUUGGCAGAAUGUUUGGCUGAUGAAGCUCAUGGUCUUUGGUCUGGUGCUCUGUGAGAUGGAGGUUAUUUGUGCCGGAUAACAACCGUUUAGUUUCAGUGAGCAGCUGAUUUGAUCCGAGUGAGUUUGUUUGCUGCCAUUCUCGUGAAAUUAAGUUAAUUAAUUUAACUGAUCUUGAUUUCAGUCGGGUGGAGUUUCAUUUUUCAUCUUGUGGAAGUGAUCAGAUUUAAUUUACUCGCUUAAUUAAACCUUCGUAUUUUUGCUUGGAGAUUAAAAAACGUAAUUAGUGUGAUUCUUGAAACCAAACGAGGGGCUUUUUUUGAAUGUACCUACAUUGCUGUUACUUGUGUAGACAAGGGGUUAAUUAAUGUAAUAUAUUGAUUGUUUUUUAUUUAUUUGUAAAAUAAUACUUAAUUGUUCUUAUUUUUAAGGCAAGUGUUCAGUUAUUUUAUGUUUUAAAAUAACUAUUUGUCUUUAACUUUCUCUGGUUAAAAAAAAAGGAAACAUCAAGCUGUGUUUAUUUAUACUUUUUGUAAACCAAUCAUUUAAAAAUAUUGUUAUUGAACCAAUCACAACAAAACUCUUAAUUAUUGGACAAUAUUGGGGCAAAAUACUUGUGUUUUCAGUCUUAACCAGAGAUAGUUAGAGAGCAGUCUGUGUGAAUGUGUGUUUGUAUGAUGGUUUUAAAUUGUUUGUCGUAUGUUUUGGUUUCAAGGUUCUGAUGUCAUGUUCAGAAGAUGUUGGGAUGUUUUUUAAUUCGGGGCUUUUGUACUUAUUUUUCCUAAAAGCAACAAAAGAUGAUGAAAACAGCGAGAGAGCUCAUGAAUCAAAAUUGGAUUGAAUGUUGACGAAAGACAAAUUUUGUCAAGAACUGAGAGACGAUGGCUCUUAAUUUUCAUACUGGAUGUGUUUUGAUGAAGAUAAAAUCACAGAAUAUUCAAGAAGGAAAAAACAAAACUUGUGAUGAGUGGUCAUCCGUAGACGGAGAGGAGAGUGAACUAAAAUAAUUCGUUCUAUCAUUUUGGGAAAUGUGCUUAUUUGCCAGUCAUGUCUGUACAGUAAAACUGUAGCCAGCAAACGGUUAGCUUAGCAUAAAGACUGGAAACGGGGAAACAGCUAGCCUGUUUCUUUCUUUUUGCUUACCAGCACCAAGAUCACAAAUUAACACUGUGUCACGUUUGUAUAAUCUUUAAAAUAAAAGUGUAAAAAGGGUUAUGGGACUAUUUCUUGGCUGAGAGCAGUUGCCAAGUAGCCAGCCGAUACUCCAGGAAGUUACUGGUCUUAGUUAAGAAAUAGUCAUGCUAUGUAAAAUGGACAAUUUACUUUUUGUAAAUAAUAUUUUGCUCAAAUUAAACCAGAUAAGUGUUAAUUCCUAAACUUUAGAGGUGCUUCGUUACCUUUAAACCGAGCUAAACAAGCUGUCUCCCCCUUUUUACAGUUUUUAAGCUAAGCUAAGCUAACCAGCUGCUAGCUCCAGCUCCAACUCUUGGCAAGAAAGUAAGUGGGUGUAUUUAAGUUAAAGAUGAUAAAAGUCAAUUGAUAGGAUCUCAAAAAAAGACAGCAGAGAUGUGGAUGGAGAAUAUAAAAAGAAUGUAUAGAUGCUGCGAAAUGGACACUUUUCUGUUGAAUGAGGAAUUGUGAAAUUCACUUGGUUGUAACAUAAGCACACUUCUAGUCAAACGGGCUAUUGCACCUGUACAAACAAAAGCAAGAGAAGAGUUUCAUUCUUGAAUUUUGUGAAAAACAUUUGCUUCUUACUUUCAAUCACUAGCAAUCUAAUUGAGUUUUUCAGUUAAAUGGAACGAAACCCUUCAAUGUAAGUAGGGACCUUAUACAAGACUUCACCACAAACACAGUAUUAUGUUGCACAACUACAAGUGAAACACAGUAUUUCAAAAGCAACAGUAUUGUAAUCAUAUGUGCUUUUGACGGCAGUCAGAUUAGCUGCCAAUGCUUCCAUUGAAUUUCAGGUAAAUUGGUAAAUUGUUCUUUAGCACAACCUCUCAUCCAUCCCCACAACUCGCAGUCCUUUAUGGUGAAAGUACAGCACAACUUUUUUCAUGUUGUAACAGUUUUUUGGUAUCAAACGAGUGAU